CGUAAUGGCAUGCACAGCCACACAUGCAUAACUUGAUGGGAGAGGUUGCAGGAUUGACAGUGAGGAAUGCGCGAGCAUGCUGUGCGGCUGCUGCUGCUGGGCCCGGCAGCGCGGUUCUGGCGGCAUGAGGCUGCGGCUGGCCUGCAUCUGGCCGGGUGUGGGAUGCACGCGGGGCUGCCUGCCAGGUGCCAGCACCCUCUGCAAGGAGCAGUGGCUCUGCUGCCACCCGAGGGGGUUCCGCUUGCCCCCGCCGCCCCAAGCCUCCGGCGGUCCUACACGGCUGUCUCUACCGCACCUGCCGCUGGCACGGAGCGGCGGAAGCUCCCUACAAAGCACGGCCGCGCCGACACCGGCGCGAGUAAGAACCGGCCCCCAUCCGCGGAUGACAGCCAAGCUGCCGUUAGGCCCAGCGCGUGGACCGUUGGUGGCGGACGGAAGCCGUCGCCGCCGCUGGGACAGCGCCCUGACAGUACCCACAGCAACGCUGUAGCUGCCAGCGCUAGCGCCGACGGUAAAAGUGGCAGUGGCUCCACCACUGCAUCCUCCGCAGCCACAGCUGCAGCGGGCAGGGAGCGCUGGCGCUGGCGGCCCGCCGUGCAGCGGCCGGAGGCGGCGGCGGCGCUGGUGCGGGAUCUGGAGGCCUGCUCGGACCUGGCGGCGGCGGUGCCGCUGCUGUGCCGCGUUGCGGCGGCCGCCGACGAGCCCCGGCGGCGCGCUGUGGGCGCGGCCCUCGCGACCAUGCUCAAGCGAGGCCUGCGGGCGGACGGGGCGGCUCCAGUGGUGACAGCGGCUGGCGAUGCCAAGGCUGAUGCUAGUACUGGUGGUGCUAAAGCUCAGCUGCGCAGCUCAGGUCCAAGCCAGCCAGCCCGGGCGCGCGGACGCGGCGCGGCGGAGGCGGCAGCGGCGGCGGUGACGGCGGGGCCUGCAGGACGCUCGACGCUAGCUGUGCGAGACCCUGUGGCAGCGGCGCGAGUGGCGGCACUGUGCCCCGAGCUCCGGGUGACGCAGGCGGCCGCGUGGCGGGCGUUACUGCCGCCGGUGACCAGGGCGGCAGCGGCGCUGGCUGACCAACUGGACAGCCCCGCGCGCGGCAAGGCGACGGGGGCUGUCGCCGGGCAGGCUGGUGCGGUGUCUGUGUGGGAUGUGACGCUGGUGGUGCGGGCGGCGGCGGCAUGCGGUGCUGGAGACGCAGGCGAGGCGGCGGCGGUGGAAGUGGAGCAGCUGCGAUGGAGCCUGAGCCGGAUCUUGCAUGCGGCGGCGCGUGCGGCAGCUCACAACCCCGAGCAAUGGUUUGGCGCGGAAGCAGGGCAGCAGGGGCUAGCGGUUGGGCUGCCUGCAUGUCAGAAGCAGAUGCUGGCGGAUGCCGUGCUGCUGCUACUGCCGCGGGGUGCUGCGGAGGAACUGCUACUGCCGUCUUCACUGAGCAGCGCGCAUGCCAGCAGUGCCGCUGUCGGCGGUUCGUCGGCAGGCGGGCGGGUGGCACGGGGGCCGCCGCCGCUGCCUGUGCUGCCACCUCUGUCCUCAGCAGCUCUGCACGCCAUCCUGAUGCGCAGCUCCCUGGCGCGAGCGGGCUCAACCGCAGCCCCUGCUGUGAGAACAGCCCACGGCUGCCCUGCACCGGGACCUGCUACCACCACCAGCACUGCCACUGCCGAAGCCACUGCCGCAUCCACAGCCUGUCAGUCCAACGUCAUCACCGCCUCAUCCCUGGGAGCUGCGUCCGUACUGCGCGUGGCGCUGGCCGCCUGGCGUCUGGCGGGUCGGGGGCCGCCCGGGGCCGCCGGGGCGGGAGGCGUGGCAGUGGAGGACGCGGCAGACGUGCCGGCCCCGUUGGCGCUGCAGACGCGGUGCGCAGAGGUCAUGGCGGCUUGCCGGCAGCGGCUGCUGCCUGUGGUGGCAGCAGCCGACUCGAUGGAUGCCCUUGCCACAGAGGGUUUGGCAGGGGGUGUCGCCGAGAGCGGCACCAGGAUUGGCGAAUGUAGCGGUCUGACCGCGGGGAAUGGUGGCGAGGGUCGCGCUCAGCUGCGGCCGCUGACGGCACACCCGCGCCUGUGUGAAGACGCGUGGGAGGCACUGGCGCUGACGGCAUGUAGCGGCAGCAGCAGCAGUGCUGGUGGUGGCCGCGGCAAUGGCGGAGGCAGUGGCGACAAGGUUGCGGCGCAGAGCUCGGCCGGGCUACAGGUACAGGCGCACGAGCUGCAGGAACGCGUUCAGGCACACGCACAGGUGCAGCUGCGCGUGCAGGCGGAGCUGUGUGUGCUGGCGGCUGCGUCGCUGAAGCCACCGGUGCUGCGAGGCACCGACAGCGCUCGUGGCAGUGGCGGCAGCAAUGGCAGUGAUGGUGGCGGCAGUGGCAACAACACCAGAAGGACAGAUGCAGGAGGCGUGGACGUCGGUAUUCGUGGUGGUGGCGGGGGCAGUGGCGGCAGCGUGCGGCCGCGGACGGAGGAGGACGUGUGGGUGCUGGUGCGCGCGCAUGAGGCGCUGGUGGCACAAGGCAGCAACGCCGCGGCUGCCGGGGUGGCGCCUGCCCUGACCAGCGACCUGUCCGAGGGGGCACCCGCGCCGGCGUCAGUGGCGGCGAGGACAGCGGCAGCCUCGCUGGCAGCGGCUGUGCCGCCGCCUUGGCUGGGGCCGUCAGACCUGGCGGCGGUGGUGGUUCGGGGCGUGGAAGGCUGGCUGUGGCACGUGGCGGGUGCCGCGCUGUUCCGGGCGUGGGCAAUGACGCGGCCGGGUGGAGCCCCGCGGCCUCAUGCUGCCGCAGCUGAUGCUGCAGCCGCUGGUGCUGACGAUAAUGGCUUCGCGGCGGCGUCAAGCGGAGUGCGGCAAGUAACAGCAGCAGCAGCGGCAACUACGAACACGGUGCAGGCGGCAGAGGCAGGCGCGUUGGCCACAGCGGCGGCGGAGGUGGGAUAUCGGCAUCCGGCGGCGGCGCUGCCGCUGAGCCUGCAUAGCUCCUGCCUUCUCACACAGUGGCUGGCGCGCAACGGCAGUAGCAACUGGGACCUGUACCGGCUGCUACUGCGGCACCAGGCCGCGGCGGCGGCGGCGGCCGCCGCAAGGCCCGAUUUGGAUACCAUUGCAGUCGCGGUGCCGGGAACCGGCGGUCAGGCUGGGAUAAGUGACAAUUUGAGAACAUGUGCGGCGACGGCUGUGGCGAAAGCGGUCUUGCAGCACAGCCGGAAUGCAGCCCUCAAGCGCACCGGGCCCAACGGAACCGGUAGCGGUGACAGCGGAUGGGUGGAGCCGCGGGCUGCGCUGCGACUGACGCAGGCGCUGCGAGCGGCUCUGCCUUCCGCUACGGUUUCCCGCGGCAGCGGCGACGCUUGGACCAGCCGCGGCGACGGCGCUGGUGCGGUGGUGGCGCCGGUGCCACGUCAGGUGCGCGAGGCGGUGCGGGAGCUGCUGCUUGCUGCCGCCGCCCCCACCGGGGCCCUCGGAGGCGGCAGCAGCGGUGCCGCAGGCGCUGCAGCAGGUGUUGGAGCGGCGGGCGACGCAGUGGCGGCGGCCGGCCGGGAGGUGAGCUUCUGGAUACGGACGGCGGCGGCCUUCACGUUGCCGCCGCACCCGGUCGGAGCGGCCGAGGCGGAGUUGGUGGCGGGGCUGGGACCGGAGGCGGCGUUGGGUGGCGAUCUGGCUGCGGCCGCGGCGCCGCUGUUCCGCCGCGUCAGCCCGGACGCGCUGUUGGCCGCCGUCACCGACCUGGUACCUGGCGCGCAGCAACAGCAGCAACAGCAGCAACAGCAGCAACAGCAGCAACAGCAGCAACAGCAACAGCAGCAGCAGCAGGGCCCUGGCCUGGGUGAGCAACCGCGUGCCAGGAAGGGACCCUCGCUGUCAUCGCAGCAGUCGCCGGUGGACGGACCCUGGGCCUCGCCGGCCAGCACUGUGGACUGCGCCGUGGGCGCCAUGGAUGCCCUGCUGCUGGACGCCGGCGCUGGCCAGCAACACCACCGGCAACAGCACCAACAGCACCCGCAACAGCACCAACAGCACCAAACUUCACACCCGCAACAGCGCCAACAGCAGUUGCUGCAGCCGCCGCCUUGGCUGCGCGCCCCGCUGACGCACGCGGUGGUGGCGGCACUGCGGCGGCACCUGGCGGCAGCCGCCGCCAGCACCGCCGCCAACUUCGGGGGCACGGGGGCGGCUGCGGACAGCAGUGCAGGCAGGGGCGGCGUCACCGGUCGCAACAGCGGCGGCGGCGGCUACGGCGGUGUGGCGAGAUGGAUGCGCGAGGUUGCCACAGUGGACGCGGCUGCGGAAAGGUGGCUUGACGCUGGCCGCGGCACCGGCACCGGUGGUGAUGGCAAUGGCACGGGUGCCGGGUUGUAUGGGAGCGAGGAGUUCGCGGGGUGGGCGCGAGGGCGCACGGCGGUGCUGGAGCAGGAGGCGGGGGAGCUGGUGGAACCGGCUGAGGCACUGGCGCUGGACGCAGCUGGUAGGGACCUGCUACAGCGGCUUGAGGCGCAUUUGCUACAGCCGCCUGGCCGGCACGCAAUGGAGCCAGCAGGUACGCCCACGCCGCAGCAGUCGGCGGCGCUGCUGGCGGCGCUCGCAGCGGCGCCGCCGGCACGGCAGCAGACGUGGCUGGACGCCGCACCGUCGCUGCUGGACGCGUGCCUAGCAGCGAUCAUCGCCGCUGGCCCCGCCGCCACCCGCGCCUCUGCCUGUGCUGCAGGCGGGCACGCCGCCGCUGCCACUGCCACGCCUCCAACAGCAGCGCCCCCGCCGGGGUCGCACGGGCUCGACCGGCUUACACCAGCGUCAGUGUCCGCGCUGUGCUCGUUGGCAGAUCUUGGCUACCUGCCAGACCGUGUCCUGCUGCAGCCGCUCCUGGCGGCAGUACAGGCCGACGCGUGUGAGGCGGCGGCGGCGGCGGCGGGCGCCUCCGAGCAGGCAACCGGGCCCGGCACCGCGGCGCCGCGGGCGCAGUGGGCAGUGCUGGAGUCAUGCCGCGCGGCGGCGCAGCUGCUGGCGGCGGCGCAGGUGGCGGGCGCAAAUGGCGGCGCAGGGCCGGAGGCGGGCGUGGCGCAGGCGGUGACGCGAGCUGCGGUGCUGCGGCUGCGGUCAUCAUCGGCGGAGCAACUGGGAGCACUGGCAGACGGAGGGCCUCGGUCCACAUCCUGGCCACCGCUGCCGCUGCUGGCCGGUGUGGUCACCGCCCUGCAAUCGGUUGGACUGCUCACGCCCGGCCUGAUGUUGCCAGCUCUGCGAGCUGCGGCUGCAGCGGCCCAACAGCUGGAAGCCACGUCGGCACAGACAGCAUCCCUGGAGGUGGGGCCGGAGGUCGUGCCCGAGGCGGACGCGGAGGUGCGGCUGGAGGUGCAGGCUGCUGGCGCGGCGUGCAGCCUGCUUGAGCUGGCUGUUGCCAAUUUCGACCGGCGCUCCGACACACCACUGGCGAUGCCGCCAACCGCUGCUGACCGCGGCAGCAGCAAGGCAACAUCCUCGUCGGAAACGGUGUUGGCGGCGGCGGCUGCCGCGGCGGCGGAGGGUCUGAUUCCGCUGGUUUUGAGCCAGGCGCCGGCGCUGCAGCCGGCCGCGCUGGCGGCGGCGUGGGUGUCGUGCCACCGCCUUGCCAUUGCCGCAGGCGGCGCAGUGGCGCCCGCACACCCCGCGGCGGCCGCUACGGAUGGCGAGGUGGUGCCGCUUGGAAGGGGCAGCGCGGCGGAUCUCGGAAAGGAGCUGGCGGAGGUGGCCGCACGGCGGCUGCUGCAUCACGGCCUGUCCAGCCUGAGCCUGCAGCAGCUGGCGGCGCUGGCGACCUGCGUGCCGCCACCGACACCACCGGCACUGCACCCUGAGGCGACGGCGGUGGAUGUUUCAGCUACACGCAAUGUCGCCAACGGAGGCACUGGCGGCUCAAGCCAUGCAGUCGCGGCGGACGCGGUUUCGGAGGUGGCUGCAGCCACUGGGUGGGCGGGCGCUGGUGUACCGAAGCAGCCACACCGCACGACCUGGAUGCAGUGGCUGCGCGCCACACAACCGGCCUCGGCCCCAGCCCCGGCCCCGUCUCAAAAUGAUCCAGCUCAGCACCAGCCGCCUCUCCCACUGCCGCAGCAACAGGAGGACACGUUGCAGAGGCAACAGCAACAGCAACAACAACAGCAGCAACAACCGCAGCAACAGCAACAGCAACAGCAGCAACAACACAACUACCAGCAGCAGCCGCUGCCACAGCAGCACGAUAACACUCCGCAGCACCAGGCGCACCAGCACCACCAGCUGCGCCAGCUCCUCUCCGGGAGGCUGCUGCAUGAGCUGAGCAGCCGGCUGCUGCACGGCGGCGGGCGGGAGGCCUACGAGGCUCCGCUGCAGGCCGCCGCCACCACCCUGCGACACCUGGCGGCGGCGGGCGUGCUGCGCGCCGCGCCGGCGCUGGCGGAGGCCCUGGUGGACGGCAGCGUCUUCCGACUGGCCGCAGCCGCGGAGGCGGAGCCGGCGGUGGAGUCCGGCGGUGCGGCUGGGGGGUUGGGCAGCGCCGCGGCGGCGGCAUGGCAGGGCCUUUUGGGCUCUUGGUCCUCACGCCCCAGCUCGUCAGUGGGUGGCAGCCAACAUGGCGCCGUGAGUGGUGGCGGCGGGCCGGAGGGCGACGUCCAAGGCCCGGAAGCAGAUGGCGGGGCGGCGGGCGGUGACGCCCUGGGUGGCGUGCUGUGCGACAUGGCGGCGGCGCUGGCGGCGGGCGGCACGGAGCCGUGGGUGGCCGCGUGCCUGUCGCGUGGCCUGGCCGAGGAGAUGGGCACGGCGCUGCAGCGGCGGCUGCGCCUGGCGCCAGACGCCCUCACAGCCCACCAGUUGCUGCAGAUGGCAGUUGACAUGCACCGCGUCGGCACCGCCGCCGCCGCCGCACCGGGCAACGCAAAGGACGCCGCAAGCGCAUACGGCGUUGCAUCGGUGCCUUCGGCCCGUGCCGCAGGUCCUGCGGAGCUACCGGAAACAGUAGUGAAGCCCGGUUCGGCUGGGUCCAAUGGCGCAGCGGCGGCGGUGCCGGUGCCGGUGCCGGCGGCAGCUGCUCCUCAGCCGCCCAUGCCAGGCUGCACCCGGCUGGUGCGGCUGCUGGGGAGGGCGCUGGCGCGGCGUGUGGAGGUCCUGCUGUCACACAGCCCCGCGCAACAUCACCAGCACCAGCAUUCCAUAGCCGGGUGCCCGGAGGGCGCCAGUGCAGCGGCCGCGGCGGCGGCGGCGCUGGUGGCCGUGUACUCGGCCUCGCCCUACCGCGAUACACAGCUGCUGCGGCGGCUGGUGGAGGCGGUGGCGGCGCAGCCGGGCGCCUUCACGUCGGAUCAGCUGCUGCGCCUGGCUCAGUCCAUGUACGGCUGCGGCCUGAGGGACACCAGUCUGUUCACCCCAUUGGCAGCCGUGCUGAGGCAGCGCGCCGCAACUACCGCCGCGGGCGGUGCUGCCGCCGGCGCCAUGUCUGCGGCCCUGCCUGGCGGCACUGCCGCUACGGCAGGCGCCGGUGGCGACAUCGCCGCGGCGGUGCCGGCUAUUCCCGCGCGCAUACUGCAGGCCGCGGCGGCACUGAUGCGCGCGCUGCGUCUACACACGGAUGCGGCUGCAUUGGAGCAGGCAUUCGUGGCGUGUGUGCGGCUUGAGGCCGGUGUUGGUGCCGAGUCACCUGGCGGCGGCGGCGCAGCCGGCGGCUCGCCGGCUGCCGGCAGCCAAGCGGCGGGCGCUGGGUCCGGUGGCGGUGGCGGUGGCGGUGCCGCCCGGCGCAGGGCUGCCAAGGAAAGCGGCAGGCGGCAGGGCGAUUGGGAGCUGUGAGCGGGAUGAAAGGGUGCUGCCGACAGUGGACGACAGCGGGCAUUCGGGCGGCAGAGGGCAUGGCCGCGUGUGCGUCGGAACUGCCCACUGCGCCCGGGGCUUAGGUCGCGAAGGCAAGUUCAUCAAUGCGGGCGCCCCAGUGGAGCCAUGUGCGCGCCUAUGUGAAUUGAAGUCCGACUGGUACUCAAGUACGAACCUGGACGACGUGGACGUACAGGCGUGGAUGGGCACAACCGUGAACGGCAGUGACCUCUUACCGAAUGUGGUUAGUUGGAGAAUGGAGGACGAGGGGAAGCUUGCGGCAGGUUGUGGGCUGUGCGGGAAGAUGGAGAAGCGCUCCAGGAAGCGAAUGCGCGCCCGCAACCGGCCAGCACACGGGGGACAGUGAAGACAAGCAUGUGACACGUCCCAUGCGAUGAGGCU